AUGCCUCCUCCACCUCCUCCGCCGCCCCCUCCUAUGGGUGGUGGACCUCCUGCUCCCCCACCACCACCGGGAAAUUUGCCAUCGAGGCCUCCGGCAGGAAACAGGGGUGCCUUGCUAUCCGACAUCUCGAAGGGUAAACAACUGAAGAAAGCGGUCACGAACGAUCGAUCGGCACCAAUGAUUGGAAAAGUCUCAGGAGGAUCGGGUCCAGCGCCCAUGGGGGGGGCUCCGCCGGUUCCAGGAGGUCUAAAACCACCCGGCGCAAGAAACAGAGCACGGAGUAAUAGUGACCAAAGCAGUAGAGACACUGGUGGAGUGACUGGAACAGAGCAACCACCACAACUAGCAGGCUUAUUUGCUGGAGGCAUGCCGAAAUUGAAGAAACGCGGGGGAGGUGUUGACACAGGAGCGAACCGAGAUUCUUCAUCCACAUCAGACCCAGAGUCAUCACGAAACUCGGCGCCGAAACCUCCUUCUAUGGCUGCCCCGCGACCCCCAAAUGCUGCACCCCCAUUACCAGGAGUCCAAAACGGACAUACGAGACCCCUGACUUUUGUUCCCUCUGUCGCGAAUCUGCGCAGUACUGGUGGAAGUGCGGCUCCAAGACCUAACUCUUCCGCAUCAAUGAGAGGGCCACCCCCUCCCAUAGGGAAGAAACCGCCUAUCAAACCUCCUGCUUUUCGCAAACCAUCGAACCUGCAUCAACCUCUCAUUCCUCCUUCGAUCGCACCCCCACCCCCGACGUCCGCGCCUCCCCCUCCCUCUUCGGCAGCUCCCCCUCCUCCGCCUCUGCCGCAAACCAGCGCUCCCCCACCACCGUCUCUACCACAAGUUCCUGCACCUAGACCUCCCAUGAACGGGCCAAGUCGAUCACAACCCCCUCCGCCUCCCACAUCGCCGCUGUCUGCGAAUGGUACUAACCAGAGUCUUGCCAUUUCUGCAGCCAUUAGAGCCGCCGAAAGAGCAUCACCGGCUGCUGCACCACCUCCACCACCUCCUCCACCUUCAUUUUCCUCAUUUUCAGCGCCCUCUUCCGCCCCUCCUCCUCCAAGCUCGGCUCCACCACCUCCAAGCUCAAGGCCCAGUCCACAGCCUAUGAGACCGAUGGAUCCGAGCUCUUAUACUUUGUCUUCUAACGGAGGCGGAAUGCCUAAAAAUGCGAUCCCGCAUCGAAGUUCAGAGCCCACGAGAAGGGUGUUCAUUAACGAUCCGAGGUGGAAAUUUCAAGAUGAGGCAAUGUUACCGAAGCCACGAGAAUUUAUUGGAGCGCAGAAAAGGUAUCGAGCAGGGCGUGGUAGCAGUGUUCCAUUAGAUUUGAGUGCCUUUAAUUAA